UUUUGUUAAUGAGAUUAAAGAUAGUUUAUUUGUAUAUAUUGAAGUUUACCAUAUUAUUGCUUAGUUUAGGAACAUUAGGUUGCCAUGUUGCUCAACUUGUAUUAUUAAAUCAAUUAUCUGAUAAAACUGGAUCAUGGUGGCCACAUUAUGUACCUUAUAUUUUAUACUAUGCUGGAACAAUAUCUUCUGUUUUGUCGUCUACUGUAUUAUUAUUCUUAAAUUGUAUGCUUCUUCUUCCAAAAUUACUUUGGUACGACUGUUUGAUUAGUAUAAUCAAUAUGCUAUUAUUUGUUUCUAUUAUUAUCUAUAUUUCACUCAAGUCAGGAGUGAUUCCUUGGACAGGAAACAUAGAAAAACAAUUUUCAUCAACUACAAAAGGCUACGUUACUUAUUGUUCUAACUACGAUGAUGACAACAUGUUGAUUCGAUGCUGGUUAAGUAAUGGAGAAUGGCUUGGUAUAGUUAUUAUAGGAUUUUUCUGGCUUUUAUUAUCUGCCUAUUCAAUUCUCUUUAAAAAAUGUUUAAUUAUUGAAGAUGAAUAUUAUGACUUUAAGAAUGAUAUUCCUAUGACUAAACCAGAAAUACUUACUUCUACACAAAGAUUGAACUCUUUACCACCUGUAAUGGCUACAACAAAAACAGAACUUAUAUCCUAUCCUCCUUAUCAAGAUCAGCGGGAUAAUUACUAUCACAAUACAUCAGAAAUAACAACUCCUACUCAACAACAGUCUGUGACUCAUGAUGUCGCUUAUGAAUACAAUUUAAAUGAUGACUUAUAUCCGAUAACAAAGCACCAAUACGUGAAUAAUAUACCACAUCAAACAUUAUAUGAAAUGAAUAUGCCUAGAAGAAUGUCUAAAACUUUUAUAGACGAUGAAGAUGAACCAAUACAGCAACAAAAAUCUGAUCUUAUACAUGAUAGAACAGUCAUUUCUUCUUCGUAUUCACAACAACAAUAUUAAAUCAAUUCAUAACAACUACAAGACGUUAAUCUAUUAUCAUGUAUAUGUCUAUACGCGUAUUUAUAUGUAUUUACGAUAACACUUGUAGUUACCUUUUUG